ACUGCAAAUAUGAACUCUCCUCUCAUCCAUGAAAUCAAAGGACAAGCCUUUCGGUUCUUGAGGGAGAAAAUUAAAACUGCAAGGCUAGUGCUGACAGAUGUUACACCAGUACAAUUAAUGACAGAAGAAGCUACAAAUGAGAAUCCAUGGCCACCAGACACACGUGCCUCAAGAGUAAUAUCGCGUGCUGCCUUUGAAGUCGAUGAAUACGAGAGAAUUGUGGACAUUUUACAUCAGAGGUUGUCGAAAUUUGAUAAAGGGCAUUGGAGAACCUCAUACAAGGCUCUAAUUUUACUUGAACAUCUUCUAACUCAUGGGCCUAAGAGAAUAUCCGAGGAGUUUCAAUUUGAUAUAGAUGUUAUUGAAAAGAUUGGACAAUUUCAGUAUAUUGAUGAGAAAGGGUUCAACUGGGGUUUGAGUGUUAGAAAAUUAUCAGAGAGAAUAUUAAAGCUCUUAAGAAACAAGGAUUUUCUCAAAGAAGAAAGAGCAAGAGGAAGUCAUCUUUCUCAUGGGAUCGAAGGUUUUGGAAGUUUUAGCCAACGAAGCUCAGCAAUAGAUGAAAGGUUGAGUGACUUACCUUCUACGAUGUAUAAGAGAAGUAAUUCUUACUAUGAUCAUAGCCAACAUGAAGCGUAUGAUUUCACAAGCUUAGGAAAGAAGCUCAAUGCUGCAAAUGGAAAUAAAAGAGAGCAACAAGUUCACAGAAACAAGGAUUCAAAGCCCCUUAAGCAAGAAAAUAAUUCAAAUUCCGGAGAAGAAGACAUAGAAGAACAUCACCCCUUUGUUGACCAAGAGAAACUGACUACAACAUCCCUGCUUUCUGUGUAA